GAGAGCCCAAGUAAGCUGGAAAUUCAAUUUCAAGUGAUGACAAUCCCUGCUUUUUGCUCUAAAUGGGCCUAUGUUCUUACCGCUUCACAUAGCCCUCAGCGUGGCCCUUUUUGCAUUUAAAUACUCGGUGCCUGAUUCACACACCUCAUCAUUUUAACGUCGCCCAUUUCAAUUCCGCAGGAAACCACAAAAUCCAGGUCACUAGAUUCAAAUCUGGCACUUUCGGGUAUUAGCAACAUCGGAGGGAUAUUGGACACAGAAGAAGUACGGCUUGCGAAGAAUAAAAUCUCCAGCAGCCAGAGAGAGAGGUGUUCCAGGCCAAAGGAGAUCCAUCUUGCAGGAAAGAAGGUCAGCGAAAUUUUGGAAAUUUUGCUUCGUUGUAUACCACCAGUAGCUACUGCACCAAAACUCUGGAGAAAAGAUUGCCAAGCUUUGCAGCAGCCCCUGAAAAAAAAAAAAAAAAAAAACAACUCAAGGGUGUGAACACGCCCUCAUCCUUGGAAAAAACAACACCGGUGUGGUAACCAAAAGUCAGCAGCAGAGGAGAAAAAAAUGACUGCGGCAAAAACCCAGGCCGAGUUGGUGAGGAAGUGGAUGGUGCUGGCAGAAACCAUUCCCGGGGGAAUCGGAAAAGAGGAAGGCUUGGAGCCUGCCGCCAGCAGUACUGAAAAUAGUUUGCUCCCGACAGCCAAGGCACCAGGAUGGAGGGAGCUCCAUCAGGCAGCCAGGAAUGGGGACCUGCGGCUGGUAAAGCAGCUAUUGAAGCGAGGGGCAUCUACAAACAGCAGAGACGAAAACGGCUGGACUCUGCUGCACGUCGCUUCCUUGCAUAGCUACCUCCCCUUGGUGAAGUUUCUCAUCCAGCGUGGAGCCGUGAUCCGUACCGACACCAAGGCCGGCUACACACCUCUGCAUCAUGCUGCCUGGAGCGGCCAUACCCAAGUGGCGGAUCUCCUGUUGGCCCGGGGAACGCCAGCGAUGGACUCAACCAAAGAGGGCCUUAUCCCGUUUCAUUGUGCGGCUGCCAACGGCCACACCUUGAUGAUGCAACUGCUUCUACGGCACGGGACAGAUCCCAACGCUUGCGACUGUAACCAGUGGACCGCCCUGCACUGGGCCACAGUUGGCCACCAACUUCACAUAAUGAAUUGGCUGAUUUCCCAAGGGGUGAACCCCAAUCUCCAAGGCAAGGGAGGUGUCACACCUUUACACAUCGCUGCCGAGAUUGGGAGACCUGAAACGACACGUCUCUUGCUUGUCCACGGGGCCGACGUGAAUCUCCAAGACGACUGCGGAAGGACGGCGCUCUCUGUCGCUGCUAAAAACAGCCAUCAUGAGAUUGUGAAGCUGCUGCUCCAGAACCAAGCGGAUCGAAGCUUGGCAGACCUCCGCGGUUGCACCCCGCUCCACAAGGCCGCAGGUGCCGGGUGCCUGCGCUCCGUCUGCCUUUUGCUCAGAGGAAGCUCCCCUGCAAGCCUUCAUCGAAGAGAUGGCCUCCUGCUCACGCCGCUCCAUCGCGCAGUCCUCGGCGGUCACGCCGACAUCGCCGGUUGCCUCUUAGAGCACGGAACGGACGUUAACACGGCUGGGUGGUUGGGGAAAACCGCUUUGCUCUUUCCCCUGGUGGAACUUUUGAUAGCAAAGGGCGCAGACCUGAGCCGGAAGACUUGGUGGAAGGAGAGCGCACAAGAGGCCAGAACACGGAGCUUUCUCUAGCUGUGCUCGCCCUGCCUGUCACCAAGGGCCUACUGUAGGUGAGUGUUUCCCAAACUUGACAAUUUUAAGGCAU